AGGAAGUGUUUUGUGCGAGGCAAACAAUACUCGAUCUUGCCCAUCCUCACACUCAAUGGCAUCAUUGCCUAUGAUAUCAUCAAAGGGCCCAUGACGAGCAAGAGAUUUAUGCAGUUCUUACAAGAACAUGUGCUGCCUUUGACCAACCCCUACCCUGGUUCUCAUAGUGUCCUUGUGUUGGACAAUUGCUGUAUCCACCACAGCAAAGAGGUCUGA